UCUCGCUGUGACCACCACUAGCCAGCUCCCACAUCCCUCAGUCAGUCCAUGCAUCGCAGACCUUCACGACACCACAACACACUCACAUUUUGUUGUGGUGACGUCGACGUUCUACCAGCCCCGAUUCUGACUACAAUGGUUAAUACUGUGCUAAAUUAUCCUACGUAAGAGACCACGGCCCACAGGUCUAGUGAACGAAAGGAAACGAUUAGUCUAGUAAAAAAAAAAAUAAAAAAAAAUCAAGGUACGGUAAUGACAAAGUUCAAGGUGUACGUCUCUCUUGGGUGGACAAACAUCUCUACUCCUCCUUCACCCCACCACGGCCUGAAAACAGUGAACUUAGACAGUGACCAAACUCCACCUUGAAGUACAUCCCAGUGCCAACAACGUACAGUACUGCGUGUUUGUGCCCACCAUUAAGAUGUGACUUAUGAACGAGAGCCACAUGAUCAGUGAAGUGAACCUGGCAGGUGUGUGAAGUGUAAACAACAGUGAAGUGAACCAGGCAGGUGUGUGAAGCGUAAACAACAGUAAAGUGAGCCUGGCAGGUGUAAGUGUGAAGUGUAAACAACAGUGAAGUGAGCCUGGCAGGUGUAAGUGUGAAGUGUAAGCAACAGUGAAGUGAACCUGGCAGGUGUAAGUGUGAAGUGUAAACAACAGUAAAGUGAACCUAACAGUUGCAAGUGAAGUACAAACAACAUUAAACCUGUCAGCUGUAAAUGAAGUGUAAACAACAGUGACGAAAGCCUGGCAGGUGUAAGAGUGAAGUGUGUGGUGCUGGUGCUUAGAGGUCAACACAACAGUGAAUGAGGUCACCACAACGCCGCCACCCAACACACCACCUCACAAUGUCGCUACAGGAGCCGCCAGUCCACGUCAAGACCACCUUCGGGUUCAUGGGGGCAGUGGGUGUGGUGGUGAACAUCGUCCUCUUCAUUGUGGACAUUGUCUCUGAUGCCCUCCUGGCCUAUGUCCUCUGGAAACAGGCAGACAAGAUGGAGAACAAGGACGUCCAAUCAGAGCUGUUCACCUGGUUCAUCAUCACACUCUGCAUCAUCAUCCUGCCCAUGGUUGUCAUCAACAUAUUCAGUCUGUUGUGGUACUGGCAGAACAAGAUUUGUCUGGGAGACUACUGCGUCCUGCACAAGAUGAGCACCUCACAGGCCAUCAUCAGGGUCUUCAUCCAUCUCCUCCUUCUUGGACCACUGAUUCGGUAUCUGGAUAUCUUAAGGUAUGGCAUUAAGAUGAAGCGGGAGGUGAAGCACGUGGAGAUGGGUACCAACGGUGCUCAUGUACAGAGAAGAACACCCAGGGGGGAGGUCCAUGCUGUCCUGCAUAUGAUAAUAGGAAGAGACACCGCCAUGCUGGACAUGAUGCACAGUUUCCUGCAAGAUGCACCACAACUUAUUUUUCAAAUCUUCCUGUUGUACCGGAGUCCUAAAAUCAUCAUUGGCACUGAAAAAAUUUCUCCAACGACCACAGCAGUACAGGUAUGGAAAGUCUUGCUGGGCGUGUUUGCCAUGUCAUGGUCAUUGGUGUCAUACCAAGAUGAACUACGUCGUACAGUGCCAAACAAGACUCCGCUGUCCUGCUGUGCCACCACUACCUGCCUCUUCUGGCGGGCAGCUAUGAUUACCUCCAGAAUAAUCGCUAUUGGUUCAUUCACAGCAAUACUUCCAGCAGGCCAGAACCCUCAAACGGCACUUUCUCUAAGCUGGACAGACUCUGGUGGGAAUCUGGUAAUACCCUAUCCUGUCGUGGCUAUGUGCAUCCUGAUAGGCCACUGGCUCAUCAUGACUGCCUGGCUACACGCACAGGGAACAACAUUCUGUUCCCAAGAAAACGGCAGUGGCCGACCAGUGCUGGAACUAUUGUAUAACUGUGUCAUGGGACUUGUUCAUAUCUUCUGCUACAUCAACGUUAAAGACACACCUUCACGCAGACGUAUGGUGUUCUUUUAUACCUUCUGUCUCAUAGAGAACUCUGCGAUUAUUGCCGUCUGGUAUGUUGAGAUGGUGAUGUUCCCAGAAUGGUUCCGGGUGGGCCUGAUAUUCAGCGUGGAGAUGCUUUGGUUGGUGGGUCUGUGUUGUGUCAUCGGUUACUACGGUUUUCUCCACCCAGAUCACACUGACCUAAUUCAACACAGAGAACAAGCCUCGUGGCGUCGGUAAUCUCUCCUCUAUAAAUUAUUAUGUGGGUUUUGAAGGUGACAACUGAUCAGUCAAUUUAGUAUUACUGACGACACUACUUAACCCCUUGUGUAUGGGCUCAUCUUUGUAAAGGGGUUACGAGUUUUGUUACGUUUGCAAUAAUAUAUUAGUACAGUAGGCUCUCACCAAGAACGUUUAAUAGGUGCCUGAAAAACACCGUUAUUAGCGAAAACGUUAUUAAUGUGACAUUAAAAUACAUGU